CACGCACUUACACGAUCAGCAACUACUAGUCCUAGGUGGACGUUUGUUCUCUCACGUCCAGAACAUCCCUAGUUUGUGAUUGCGCAGAAGUGAUUUGUCAUGGUGACUUUGUUGGUGGACAGAUUCGUUCGAUCUCUCUAAAGCAAGAAAGACAGGUGAACGGCUAUAUUUAAUGCUAAGGAACCUCCACUGAAUCGAAGUUGGGAGACAGCAACGUUCCUUGAGAGAUAGACAAUGUCGACGGCAUCAGCUUGGAAAGCAAACUGCGUCCCUGACUUGCGAAGGGAACGCCAGAACUGCUCCUUCGACACCGAAGAACUGACGCACAUCGUCGACGGCGGGAAAGAACAAACGGCUCUUCGAAGGAAAUUCCGACAGUUGCUUGCUUCAGACCCAGAGUUCAGGGAUGAGAUCCCACCGGAGUAUCUGAGUCACGAGGACCGCUAUCUCAACGAAAUGAGGAAGACCUGUCACCUGGAUUCGAAAAUUGCCGAACUUGAGCUGGAUAGGAAAGCCCUCCUGUUAAGCAAGGCCUCCAUGGGAAUUUUGAGAGAUGGCGACCCACUGUGGAUCCACCACAAUGUGUUCCUACCUGCCGUCAGUGGUCAGGGGGAUGAGGAACAGUGCAAGGAAUGGGUUGGUCGCAUCAAGAGAGGCGAGGUCUUUGGAACGUACGCCCAGACGGAAUUAGGACAUGGUACCUUCCUGCGAGGACUAGAAACCACGGCCACCUACGACCCGGCCACCCGGGAAUUCGUCAUCCAUUCGCCAACCGUAACAGCUGCCAAAUGGUGGCCUGGCGGGCUGGCGACCAGUUCCACCCACGCCGCCGUCAUGGCACUGCUGUUCACCAAGGGACAGUGCCACGGCCCUCACUUGUUCAUGGUGCCGCUCCGGAACAGCAACACUUACAAGAGUUUGCCAGGAAUCACUCUGGGCGAGAUUGGGCCCCGCAUGGGACUACAGUCGAACGAUAACGGGUUCGUUCGCUUCGACAAUUUUAGGAUUCCAAGGAGGAAUAUGCUGAUGAAAUAUUCACAAGUGCGAGAGGAUGGGACUUACAUCAAGCCGGUGCACAGUAAGCUGUCGUAUGGUGCCAUGGUACGGGUAAGGGUGGGCAUUGCAAGGGACGUGUGUGUGCAGCUGCAGCAGGCUGUUACCAUCGCUGCCAGGUACUCGGCUGUGCGUCGUCAGUCCGAAUUGGUCCCCGGGGAGCCGGAGCCCCAGAUCCUCGAUUACCAGACCCAGCAGUACAAAGUCCUCCCCCAGGUCGCCUCCGUCUUCGCCCUUCUCUUCUCCUCCCGAAGGGUGGUCGAUUUCUUCUACUCCGUCUCAGCCCAGAUGGACGGGGGAGAUCUGUCCCUCUUGCCCGAGCUCCACGCAUUGUCUAGUGGCAUCAAAGCUCUGGCAGCAUCCGACGCUUCUAGUGGCAUCGAAAUUUGCCGCCUAGCCUGCGGGGGGCACGGGUACCUGGCGUCCUCGAACCUGCCUCGGCUCUAUACUGGAACUACCUGCGCCAUCACUUACGAGGGAGAGAACACCGUCCUGUGGCUUCAGGUUGCGAGGUACCUCGUUAAGUCUUGCCGAGCAGCUCGGAAAAGCAACACUCUGGGUCUUACCGUUGGGUAUUUGGCAGGUCAACCAACAUCUAGGAAUGGAGAUUUAUCCAGCAAAGGUUUGGUUGAAGCAUACAAAGUAGCAGCGAGCUCCCUGGUGGCCAGUGCUGAGCGCCGACUUCAGAGUCUGUGCGACUCGGGAAUGGCCUACCACCACGCUUGGAACAACUGCGCUGUCAUGCUCGUGAAAUGUGCCGAGGCGCACAUGAGGUACUACGUGUGUGAGAAAUACUUUGACAGCGUCGAAACUGUAGCCAUGAAGCCAGAACUCCGAGAGAUCAUGAGAAAUCUGAGUCGUUUGUAUCUGAUUUACCACAUCACUCUGCAACCCGGCGCUUUUCUGAAGAGCAGUGCCUUGACUGCAGAGGAGAUCAGUCAUCUGGAAGAGGAAAUGUGCAGUCUGUUGGCGUCCUUGAGACCACAGGCUGUUUCCAUUGUCGACUCAUUCGAUUUUGACGAUGACCAGUUGAAGUCGACCCUGGGCGCUUGGGAUGGGAAUGUUUAUCAAAGAAUCUAUGAUGAAGCCAUGAAGAGCCCACUGAACAAGAAGGACGUGCCCGAUGCGUUCCAUAAAUACCUGAGGCCGCUCAUGAAAUCUACCUUGAGAUCGAGCUUGUGAAAGUCAAGUCUCAUAAGUCUUUGUCUCUGUACCAAAUGUUGAUCAAGUGGAUGGGGUCCCUUAGUAAAUGUUUCUAUAGAGUUUCGGCAGAAUCCGUUCCCCUGUUAACGGGAUAUAUCUUGUUAAUAAUGUCAAACACGGAUGAAGACGUUACAUCCUCCCAACCUCGUUGGAGGAGGUAACGAAAGAUAGAAUAUUAUACAAAUUAAUACGUGGCUUCUAGCUUGUUUGUAAUCCAACUUUGGCAGAGAACGCGUAAACAGUUUAAAAAAUUACAUAUAAUAGAAAUGUGUGUGUUAAGUCUUGUGUAGGCAUGAAAAUACGAGUAAAUAAAAAAAAGAAAUUGGGAA